CUCAGACGUCGUGUGCAGGUCAAAGAAAACCAAACAGCAUUCCGGGUCAUGUCGAGAAAAUUGAUUGACACAUAGUGGCUUGCCAUGGUCUUGUGCCAUCAGUCCUGAACUGCAUUUCUGCCAGCAGAAAAUUCUUUAUGAGCAAUACUGAGGAGCUCUUUCAAGCAGCGCAGGAUGCAGUGAAGUCGCUGUCACAGCUGGAUGACAGGAACAAGCUGCGACUCUAUGCCCAUUACAAGCAGGCCACAGUGGGCCCAGCCCAAGGCUCCAGACCAAGCAUGUUUCAGCAGGUCGCCAGGGCAAAGUGGGACGCAUGGGCUGAGCUGGCGAGCAUGAGCAAGACGGACGCCAUGCAGGGCUACUGUCUGCUGGCGGACGAGUUUGUUCCUGGUUGGCGUGAGAGCUUUGUCAAAGAGGAGCGGAGUGGGAGGAACGGCAUGGCCCCUGCAUCAGUUGCAGUGGCAUCACCCGGUCUGAGCGAUGAGGUGCUCUUUCAAGCAGCGCAGGACGCAGUGAAAUCGCUGUCACAGCUGGACGACAGGAACAAGCUGCGACUCUAUGCCCAUUACAAGCAGGCCACAAUGGGCCCAGCCCAAGGCUCCAGACCAAGCAUGUUUCAGCAGGUCGCCAGGGCAAAGUGGGACGCAUGGGCUGAGCUGGCGAGCAUGAGCAAGACGGACGCCAUGCAGGGCUACUGUCUGCUGGCGGACGAGUUUGUUCCUGGUUGGGAGAGCUUUGUCAAAGAGGAGCGGAGUGGGAGGAACGGCAUGGCCCUUGCAUCAGUUGCAGUGGCAUCACCCGGUCUGAGCGAUGAGGUGCUCUUUCAAGCAGCGCAGGACGCAGUGAAAUCGCUGUCACAGCUGGACGACAGGAACAAGCUGCGACUCUAUGCCCAUUACAAGCAGGCCACAGUGGGCCCAGCCCAAGGCUCCAGACCAAGCAUGUUUCAGCAGAUCGCCAGGGCAAAGUGGGACGCAUGGGCUGAGCUGGCGAGCAUGAGCAAGACGGACUCCAUGCGGGGCUACUGUCUGCUGGCGGAUGAGUUUGUUCCUGGUUGGCGGGAGAACUUUGUCAAAGAGGAGCGGAGUGGGAGGAACGGCAUGGCCCUUGCAUCAGUUGCAGUGGCAUCACCCGGUCUGAGCGAUGAGGUGCUCUUUCAAGCAGCGCAGGACGCAGUGAAAUCGCUGUCACAGCUGGACGACAGGAACAAGCUGCGACUCUAUGCCCAUUACAAGCAGGCCACAAUGGGCCCAGCCCAAGGCUCCAGACCAAGCAUGUUUCAGCAGAUCGCCAGGGCAAAGUGGGACGCAUGGGCUGAGCUGGCGAGCAUGAGCAAGACGGACUCCAUGCGGGGCUACUGUCUGCUGGCGGACGAGUUUGUUCCUGGUUGGCGGGAGAGCUUUGUCAAAGAGGAGCGGAGUGGGAGGAACGGCAUGGCCCCUGCAUCAGUUGCAGUGGCAUCACCCGGUCUGAGUGAUGAGGUGCUCUUUAAAGCAGCGCAGGACGCAGUGAAAUCGCUGUCACAGCUGGAUAACAGGAGCAAGCUGCGACUCUAUGCCCAUUACAAGCAGGCAUCAGUGGGCCCAGCCCAAGGCUCCAGACCAAGCAUGCUUCAGCAGGUCGCUAGGGCGAAGUGGGACGCAUGGGCUGAGCUGGCGAGCAUGAGCAAGACGGACGCCAUGCAGGGCUACUGUCUGCUGGCGGACGAGUUUGUUCCUGGUUGGCGUAAGAGCUUUGUCAAAGAGGAGCGGAGUGGGAGGAACGGCAUGGCCCCUGCAUCAGUUGCAGGAGCGCCCCCUUGUCUGAGUGAUGAGGUGCUCUUUAAAGCAGCGCAGGAGGCAGUGAAAUCGCUGUCACAGCUUGAUGACCGGAACAAGCUGCGACUCUAUGCCCAUUACAAGCAGGCCACAGUGGGCCCAGCCCAAGGCUCCAGACCAAGCAUAUUCCAGCAGGUCGCCAGGGCAAAGUGGGACGCAUGGGCUGAGCUGGCGAGCAUGAGCAAGACGGACGCCAUGCAGGGCUACUGUCUGCUGGCGGACGAGUUUGUUCGUGGUUGGCGUGAGAGCUUUGUCAAAGAGGAGCGGAGUGGGAGGAACGGCAUGGCCCCUGCAUCAGUUGCAGGAGCGCCACCCGGUCUGAGUGAUGAGGUGCUCUUUCAAGCAGCGCAGGACGCAGUGAAAUCGCUGUCACAGCUGGACGACAGGAACAAGCUGCGACUCUAUGCCCAUUACAAGCAGGCCACAGUGGGCCCAGCCCAAGGCUCCAGACCAAGCAUAUUCCAGCAGGUCGCCAGGGCAAAGUGGGACGCAUGGGCUGAGCUGGCGAGCAUGAGCAAGACGGACGCCAUGCAGGGCUACUGUCUGCUGGCGGUCAAGUUUGUUCCUGGUUGGCGUGAGAGCUUUGUCAAAGAGGAGUGGAGUGGGAGGAACGCCAUGGCCCCUGCAUCAGUUGCAGGAGCGCCCCCUUGUCUGAGUGAUGAGGUGCUCUUUAAAGCAGCGCAGGAGGCAGUGAAAUCGCUGUCACAGCUGGAUGACCGGAACAAGCUCCGACUCUAUGCCCACUACAAGCAGGCCACAAUGGGCCCAGCCCAAGGCUCCAGACCAAGCAUAUUCCAGCAGGUCGCCAGGGCAAAGUGGGACGCAUGGGCUGAGCUGGCGAGCAUGAGCAAGACGGACGCCAUGCAGGGCUACUGUCUGCUGGCGGACGAGUUUGUUCCUAGUUGGCGUCAGAGGUUUGGGAAACAGGAGCCGUCAUUGCGUUCCGGUGGAAGUGCUGUUGAUAUUUUAUGGGAGCAGCCUGCAGGCGUUGCAUCCGAAACGGUGGCGGGGCCAGAAGCCUUUCCGCUUGCUGCUCCUUUGCGACGUGCAUGGGCUCAGUUGGACAGAGUCUUCAAUGCGGGAAGCGAGCGGCCAGAGAGGAUCAUUCAGGAGAUGCGGCGAGACACUCAGACUGCAGGAAGUGACGUGCAUCCUGUCUGGCCGGAGCCGGACACAGAGAGCACUUCAUCAUUUUUUUCGGUGGGGAACGGGGCGAACGGAGCUGGGAACAGAUUCCGGCUGCGUGAGAUGCUGCAGAGGGAGCUGGCAGUGGAGGCCUUGGAGACAGAGACAGUGGAGGACUCCGAAGGCUUGGCACGAGCGCGGAGCUUGUUGGCCGCGCUUGGAGAGUCCCUGCCCACGGACAUCGUCCAUUGCCCGGAGGGUUUCUAUGACAGAUCCCCGCUGCACAAGGUGCCGGAUGCUGUGGUGCAGCCGCAGUGUGAAGAGCAAGUCUUGGCGCUGCUGCAGAAAGCAGCGCGAAGCAAUCCAAAACGCAGCUCUUUCGUUGUCAUUCCGGGUGGAGCUUCAGCAAGCGCGUUCCAAUUGGAGGAAGACACACGGCCUGUAGUGUCCCUUGACAUGCGGAGGUUGAAUCGCAUUUUGUGGGUGAACAAGGAGGAUAGAAUGGCAUGUGUGGAAGCUGGAAUUAGCGCUAGCCGUCUCAGAGAAGAACUGGCAAGAGAAGGAAUGGCGUUGGGCAUGGAGACUGAGUCAGAGCUUACGACGUUGGGCGGCUGGCUGGCUACACGCGCCAGGAGCAUGAAGGAAGCACGCUACGGCAACAUCGAGGACAUGUUAGUCGAGGUCCGCGUAGCCACCUCCUCGGGCCUCGUGUGGCAGAAAGGUGGAAGAGGGAGCCGAGAGGAUCUGGCAUUCGGACGCCGAUCCACGGGCCUGAAUUUGCCAGGCCUCAUCCUGGGAAGCCAGGGAUGUCUCGGUGUCAUCACCGCAGCUGUCGUCCGAAUCCAUCCGUUGCCGGAGCAAGUGGAAUACGAGAGCGUGGCCUUCGACGACUGGGCGGCAGGGGUGAGCUUUGUGCGAGCGAUCUCACAACUGCCCCAAGCUUUGCGGCCCUCAUUUUGCCGAUUGAUGGAUGGCAAGCAGCUGGAUCUGAUGGAAGCUUGGGCGGAGGAGUGCCACUUCCCGCAGCAUCCCGCAGCUGCUUUGGUCCUGGAAGGCUCCUGUGAGGAAACCGCUGCCCAGCGCCGAGAGCUGAAGCAAUUGGUGGCUUCCUGUCACGGCCGUUUCACUGGCGCCGCUUUGGGGGAGUCUUGCUACCAGAUGAUCUUGGCCAUGCCCCAGCUGGCAGAUGCCUGUGUCGACUUCAGCAUCCUUUCGGAGACUUUGGAGGCCGUAGUGCCCUGGAGCCAUGUCUGCAGCCUGUGGCCGGCGCUGAUCCAGGCCGUUGUCGCAGAGCAUCAAGCUUUGCACCUACCCGGCCGGCCCUUUCUGUCGUGCUGCUUGGGGCAUUCGGAGGGUGCCCUUCUGCGCAUUUGCCUGAAGACCAGCGUGGAAGGCCUGGCCCCUGCGGCGGCGCUGAGUGCUUUUCGGCGGCUGCGCGCGGCUGCGUCCAAAGCCGUGGGUGGGCGCCAAGGGACGCCAGGUCUGACGGCGCUGAAGAGUCUGAAGGCCGCCCUGGAUCCGCAGAACGUGCUCAGGGGCUCGCACGUCGGGUGACGAGUUGCCCACGAGUGGCCCAUCCCCGAAGUAAACGUACCGCCCGGAGCCAAAACUUGACCGCCAUGAAGCAGUGGCAGGUCGCUGUACAAAGUGGCUCCGAGGCUUCCAACGGUAUUUUCGCCUUGCCUGCAUGGCCUCUGAGAAAGCAGUGGGCGCCAGUGGGGUCAUCCAAUGCUGAGCACGUACCUC